AUGAUUGUGUCGCUGGUGCUGCAGGUAACCUCUUGGAGCGUUAGCGACAAGGAACCCGACGCCGGUGCGUAUGACGGAAGCAAUCCAAGGUCGUACAUAUCGGCGGUGAGCGAGAUGACUCACCCCUCCGACACGUGCGAUGGCGCAGCGGACGACGACGCAGGGGAAGCGAGGUUGGACAUCAUCAAUAGUGACGUUGGCUACCUCGGGUACCAGGCAGCGGAGUCAUACGGCCUUACCUACAAGGUGCGAGGGUACUGCGCGGACGAGUCCAACCCGGAAGUUUUCGACCGCGUCAACGUUAGGGGAGACAUCCGCUUCUCGGACAUACACCACAACUGGUUCGGACAGUGA